AUGACGAAUAGAGAUGACGUUGAGAAUGGACAUUUUCAAUGGGCCGAAUAUUUACCUCUCGCUGAUCCACGUAGCUCCGUUAAUCGUAUUUCGCUGCGUAGAUUGGAGCUUAGUCGUGCCAAGCUCAAAUCCUCUAGUAGGGCUAGUGCUCUCUUAUCAGGUUUCGCGAUGAUGGCCAUGAUCGAACUCACGAUUGACUAUGAUGAAGAUAAUCCCAUCCCAGAGAUGCUACUGAUAGCUUUCACGGCUUUCGCCUCCCUUCUGGUCGUGGUUCAUAUCACCGCUCUGAUGAUCAGCACCUGUAUUCUUCCCCAACUUGAAUGCUACAUCAGUAUCUGUGAGAGCUCUGAUAGGACUAUAGAUACUCCCUACGAGAAAGUAAGGUGCUAUGUCGAAAUGUCCUGGAUAUUCAGUACGGCUCUGGGAAUGCUCCUUUUCCUCAUUGUAGUGGUACUCGCAUGCUGGGUGAAGUUUUGGAAUAUCUCUAAGUGGUCCGCGGGCGUGUGUUUCAUGAUUGUGGGACCAGUUGUUAUAAUCUACGUACUGUUCGCCAUCUUCUUCUACCGAACAUUAAUCUCCUUCAAGUACAAAAAUGCUUCAAAAAUGGUCGACUCCUUGGAUCGCCUAAUGUCUGAGCUUGAGAAAGGACAUUUCUCUUCGCCCGUCUUUAGUUCACCUGCAACUCGCAUUUCCUCAAUGCUAAGCAGUCCAGUUCCGCCUAGAACGUCGGUAGAUGUAGUCGCUUAUGUGCCAACAGCCUGA